CACUCUUCCACCUCUUCAACCCUAACCUAACCAUUAUAUUCCAGAAACCAAAGCUGCCUCUGUUUUGGUUCCUCAGAUUCUCUUCUUCUGCUUCUUCCAUCACCAUCAUGCGCUCUCAUUGUUAGCAACAUUAGCGUAUAGACUGUCACCCACCGAACAAGAGAUAGAUUUACGUGAAUGGCAACGGCAGAGGCAGCUUCAGCUGGGCUUGGCCCAAGAUAUGCACCUGAUGAUCCUUCGCUUCCGCAACCGUGGAAGGGGCUGAUUGAUGGCAGUACUGGUCUGUUGUACUAUUGGAAUCCUGAAACCAAUGUUACCCAGUAUGAGAAGCCAGCUCCUUCGGGCCCAGCACCGGUUCCUUCUACGCCGAGCUUGGCGCCCAUACCAGGGGCUCAUUCAAUGACGGCUGGUGGGAUGGCCCAACAACAGCAUGGGCAGCAGAUGAUGCAACAGCAACAGCAGGGGAGUUACCUUCCCCAACAACAUGGCCAAUCCAUGCCGCAGCAGCAGCAGCAGAAUUCUCUCGGGGCGCAGGUCACUCAGCCGCAGCAGCCCUCUCAGAUUGCUCAAUCCGCACAGCAGCAGAACUCACAGCUUGGACAGUCAGUGCCGCAACCUGGGUUCCACCAGGCCAGACCGCAGAUGAUGCAGCCCCAGGGACAACAACAAUUCAUGCAACCUCAAGGGCAGCAAAUGCAUCAUCAGAUGCCAUCGCAGGGGGUCCGCCCCCAACAUUUCGGGCAAGGAGCUUCACAGGAUCAUGGCGGCUCGCAUAUCGUACAACCACAGACACCGCAAUUUACUCCCCAGAACAUGCAUUAUAUGGCAUAUCAACAAAACAUGGUUACAUCCAGGCAACCAAACUCGCAGCAGAUUCAGCCUAACUCGUUUCCAUCCGGGCAACCUAAUUCCCAGCAGAUUCAGCAUAACAUACAUGGUCAGCCUUAUGACAAUCAACAAGAUUUUAAAACAGGGUUUCCGAAGACAAAGGACACAGAGUUUAAAAAUGGAAGCCAAGUUGGAGUUUCACCAUCUCAGUAUCAACAAAGGAGUGCGUUGCCGGUUCAAAACAACCAGAAUGUCCCUGCUGAAGUUACUUCUGGUCAAGUGCCUAAUGCGGGUGCUAAUGCAGGCCAACCGCAACAGUUCAGGGGCUUUUCAGGCAGUGUGCAACAAUCUCCCUCUGCAGUUCAGACACAGCAGGGUGGUUCUGAUUCAUUUUACCAACACGUUCCUAACUUUCAAAAUCAAAUGAACCCAGGAAUGAUGCAUGGUCAUCCAUCUAAUGUUCACGCUAUUGGCCAAAAGAUGGGACAUGAAGACAAGUUACCUGGUAGAGCUGGUAAUGAAUAUUACUAUAACUCUAACAAAGAGAUGCCGGCAAUGGGUCGUCAGCAGGUGGAUAUGACACAAAUGCCCAUUUCAAGAAAUCCACAGGAUAAGAGGAUUGGCAACGCCCCUUUCCAAAAUGUAAUGCCUAGUGGAACUGGUAUUGCGGGCAAUGCUAUGCAUAACAUGUUCACUCCUCCAAUAGGAGGACCUUCACCUCUCUCAAGUAACUCCUUGACGAGGCCACCUCACAUUGGAUCUUCAGAUGUUACCGAUCUAUCACCUGCUGAAAUAUACUGUCAGCAGCAUGAAGUUACAGCAACGGGUGACAACAUUCCACCCCCCUUCAUGACAUUUGAUGCUACUGGGUUCCCUCCAGAGAUACUGAGAGAGAUAUAUUCUGCUGGCUUCUCAAAUCCCACACCAAUACAGGCUCAAACAUGGCCUGUUGCACUACAGGGUCGAGACAUAGUGGCAAUUGCCAAGACAGGGUCUGGGAAAACAUUAGGCUACAUAAUGCCUGCCUUCUCUCUUCUCAGACAGCGACACAAUAAUCCUCUUAAUGGCCCAACUGUCUUGGUUUUGGCUCCCACACGUGAACUUGCAACACAGAUCCAAGAGGAAGUCUUCAAAUUUGGACGAUCUUCAAGAGUCUCUUGCACGUGCUUGUAUGGUGGAGCACCUAAAGCCCUUCAGUUAAAAGAGUUAGAUCGGGGAGCAGAAAUUGUUGUUGCCACACCUGGUCGGCUUAAUGAUAUACUUGAAAUGAAAAAAAUUAACUUUGGGCAAGUUUCACUCCUCGUGCUUGAUGAGGCUGAUCGAAUGCUUGAUAUGGGUUUUGAGCCUCAAAUCCGUAAGAUUGUGAAUGAGAUUCCACCACGUAGACAAACUCUCAUGUACACAGCAACCUGGCCAAAAGAAGUUAGAAAAAUUGCGAGUGAUCUUCUUGUUAAUCCUGUUCAGGUUAACAUUGGAAGUGUGGAUGAGCUUGCUGCAAAUAAGUCUAUUACUCAGUACGUUGAAGUUGUCCCCCAAAUGGAGAAACAGAGGCGUUUGGAGCAGAUCCUCAGAUCCCAAGAGCGAGGUUCUAAAAUCAUAAUAUUUUGUUCCACAAAGAGGUUAUGUGAUCAGCUUGCCCGUACUAUUGGUCGCAGUUUUGGGGCUGCUGCAAUCCAUGGAGACAAGUCUCAAGGUGAGAGAGACUAUGUUUUAGGCCAGUUUCGGACUGGGAAGUCACCGAUUUUGGUUGCCACUGAUGUUGCUGCCCGUGGACUUGAUAUUAAGGAUAUAAGAGUGGUGAUCAACUAUGAUUUCCCUACUGGAGUUGAGGACUAUGUUCACCGCAUUGGAAGAACUGGGAGGGCUGGUGCUACUGGAAUGGCUUAUACCUUUUUCUCUGAACAGGACUGGAAACAUGCAGGUGAUUUAAUCAAAGUUUUGGAGGGUGCCAACCAGCAUGUGCUUCCAGAGUUAAGACAGAUAGCUUCGCGGGGUCCAGCAAACUUUGGAAAGGAUCGGGCUGGGAUGAAUCGGUUUGACUCUGGUGGUGCUGUUGGUGGCCGCUGGGACAAUGGUGGUCGUGGUGGCAUGAGAGAUGGUGGUGGUGGCUUUGGUGGUCGUGGUGGGAUGAGGGACGGUGGCUUUGGAGGUCGGGGUGGUUUUGGUGGCCGGGGUGGCACGAGGGACGGUGGCUUUGGUGGUCGAGGGGCCAUGAGGGAUGGACCUGGUGGGAGGGAUGGACCUGGUGGGCAAGGUGGGAGAGGUGAUUUCUCUGCUGGUAGGGGAAACAGGGGUCGGGGAUUUGGUGGCCCCCAAGGUGGUGGUCAUGUUGGUCGGGGCAGGGGUGAUCGUGGUCCCAAUGAUCGGUACAACAUGGAUGGGCGUGGACGGGGACGAUUUGACAAUAGGAGAGAUGUUGCUUACAGAAGUAGAGGCAGAAGUCGUAGCCCUGAAAGAGUUCGAACAUGGGACUACAGCAGAAGCAGAAGCCGCAGCAGUAGCCGUAGCAGAAGCAGAAGUAGGAGCUGGAGCAGGGGCCGUAGUAGAAGUCGCAGCCGGUCUCGCGGUCGUAGUCGCAGCUAUAGCCGUAGUAUCAGUCCGCGUCGCAGCCGUCGAAGUUAUAGCCGCAGUCGCAGUCGCAGUUAUGAUAGGGGUGAUAGGUCAGACAAACAGGUUUCUGAUCAGAAGGAUCUUAGGGCACCUGAAGCAGGAGCUUCUGAUUCAAAAAUGUUCACUGUAGAUCCCAGCAUCCAAGGGGAGAAUUCAUCUUUUGGAGCUGAACCUGUGGAGCAGCUACCUGUUGUUGGGAGUACUAACCCAGAUAAUCCUGAGGCUGCUGGAGACCUUAGUCAUCAACCAGCUUCUGAUAUUUGAAGCUGCAGUUUAAAAUCAUUUUUUGAAUAUCUUUUGUCUUCUUAGUGGGGUGGCUACAUUGACCUCUCAUUUUGGUUUACUAUUGGUGUUACAUGGUGGGUGUUUACCUGAUGGCAAGAGAUUUGAUUCAUGUGGUGUAAACAAUCUGAGACUAAUAUGAUAUACUGCAUGCUUUAUAGGUGUUGUUUGUAACUGAGGUAUUUGAUUCCCAUCAAUUUGUGGCGGCUCAUUGCGCGUACUUCUCAGUUAAGGGAACAAGCAAUUGGAGGCAUUGUUUUAGUCUAGUUGUAUUUUUAGUUGUGGAGCUGGGAUAAACAAUUUGAACAGAUUCUGUCAUCCAUUUUUCUAUAGACUAGAGCUCUAGUCACCUGACUUUGGUGUUAAUUAUUGUUCCAUUUUGCUUAAGACAAUCUUAAAACAUGUUCUAUUACUUUUA